AUGAUUGUUGAACCGUCUCGUGGCGGGCUUCAAUAUCAGGUGUCAACUGAAUGCAUUUCAGGAUAUACGUGCACUUGUAGCAACGAUUAUUACAACCAAUUCUUGCCAGUCUCGGCCCAAAAUUAUGUAGCAUCAACCGCUGCGCCUCCUGCCCCAAGCGGAACUGGCAAGGUCAAAUUUGUUGGAGUGAACAUUGCAGGCUUCGACUUCGGGUGUCUGACUGAUGGAAGCCAAAAUAUUUCGAAAGUAUACCCUCCUGUAAGGGCACUGAAUGGACCAGAUGGGGAAGCUCAGAUGCAACACUUUGCCACGAACGACAACAUGAACAUCUUCAGACUUCCAGUUGGAUGGCAGUAUCUGGUCAAUAACAAGCUAGGAGGAACCCUUGAUUCAGGGAACCUCGCAAAAUACGAUCAACUUGUUCAAGCAUGUUUAGCCACCGGUGCAAGCUGUGUUAUUGACGUUCACAACUACGCACGCUGGAAUGGACAGAUUAUAGGUCAAGGAUCAGGGCCCACAAAUGACCAGUUUGUUAACUUAUGGACGCAACUUGCGACAAAAUACAAGAGAACUGGCAAUAUCAUAUUUGGCGUAAUGAACGAACCUCACGAGGUAGACAUUACCAAGUGGGCUGCUACCGUCCAACUUGUCGUCAACGCAAUCCGAGGAGCUGGCGCAACUACCCAGUUAAUUCUCUUGCCAGGAAAUGACUACACUUCGGCUGGAGCAUUUAUCUCGAAUGGAUCGGGCCCAGCUUUGCUUAAUGUCACGAACCCAGGUGGCACUACCACAAACCUCGUCUUCGACGUACACAAAUACUUGGAUAGUGAUAACAGUGGAACACACCCGGAAUGCACGAAAGACAAUGUUGCCGAUGCCUUCCAGCCCCUUGCUGCAUGGCUUCGAACAAACAAGAGAAUGGCUUUGAAUUCGGAGACAGGCGGUGGCAAUGUAGCGUCGUGCCAGAAGCUGUUGUGUACACAAAUAGCAUUCAUCAAUGCAAAUUCUGACGUCUACCUGGGCUACAUUGGGUGGUCCGCAGGCUCAUUCGACUCGACAUAUGUUCUCACGGAGACCCCAACUGGGAGCGGAACAAAUAUGCAAGAUACUUCACUUGUAAAGUCUUGCUUAGCACGAUAA